AUGACUCGCCAGGCGUCCCCCCAAACCUGCCUCAUCUGCGGCGACUCUGCCGACUCCCUUCACUUCGGUGCCCUCUCCUGCAGGUAUCCCCUCUUUUCCCGUCUUCUUUUCUCUCACUCGAUCCUUUUAGAGCCUGUGCCGCAUUCUUCCGUCGCAAAGUGGCCGGCCGCAAGAACAUCUACCGACGGUGCGAUCGUCAGUGUAAAGUAGACACCGGAAUGAGAAAACUGUGUGCGAGCUGCCGCUUCGAUAAAUGCCUGAAAUCGGGAAUGCGCGAGUCCGCAGUGCUCUCACGACUCGCCCAGAAGAACCAGAACUACAAGAAGCCCGUGAGCUCUCCAGAAUGCGAACCGUCCACUUCGGAGCCGACCAGUGUGCUCGAAAGACUUCAGAGCGCCUACACAAAUCUGGAAAGCGCACGGAAGAAGGCGUUCAAGAUACAGGUACGGUCCAAUUGAUCGGUUGGUUAAACAAGUUGGCUAUAGGAUGGUCAUAUCCCGCAACUUUGCAACUACAGACAAAUGAAUGAUGUCUUCUUUCUCGAUAUGAAAUUAGUCAUCGAGAACCUGGUCGAUUUGUUCCAAAAAGAUUCUAAAAUCAGCAAAGAGCAGCAGGUAAACAUAUCUUUCCUAUCACUAUUCAAACUAGUUUCCAGAAACUCCUGCUCGUUCAUUUUCUGGUGCCUUACAUAUUAUUAGAGAGCGGGUACAAAUCUUCAAGUAAGUCAGAACCAAGUGAGCUCAUUCGACUGACAGUCCCUUACAGACAGUGAACUGUUCAUUCUUCCCAGUGGAGACUACAUUGAUGAGAAUAAAAUCGAGGAAUACUACCAGAAUCCAGACGACCUGAGCGAUGAGAGUGGGAAAGCGGCGGCCGAGUGAGUUGUCUGUCUAAAAUGUGUCACUCAAUUAUCUUGCGCGUUUAGAGUCUUCAAACCGUACUGGAAACUUCACCGACAGACGUUGAAGUCGCAUUUAGACGACGUGCAGUUGGAUCUUCCCGAGUUUCUCUUCGUUUCCGCCUUGAUAUUCUGGGAUUUCGGUGAGCAUUUCCGCUGGAAAAGUGAUGAGAACAAAGACUUCUUUAAGGGCUGCAAGACCAAACGGACGAGUGCAUUGAAGUGUGCAAACGGAUGAGGUCGACGAUUAUCGAGGAGCUGACGGACUACGAGAAGAACGUGCGCAUCAACGACGAUCAUUCGUACCGCGUCGGACAAAUCAUCAUUGUGCUUCAGGCGAUACAGCGGACGCUGAACAUGAUCCACGAGACACGCGAGAUCUCGCUCGUUUAUAAUCUGUACGAGAGGCAUCACUCUAUUUUUGAGGCCAUGUGA